ACAGGGUGGGGAAUGAAAGCCACCGUUCCCAGUAGUCCUGGACAUUGAAGGGCAGUGAGAGGACAUGAGUGACUCCAAGGAUCCAACAGCCCAGGAGCUGGGCCUUUUGGAAGAGGAAGAGCUGAAAACCCGUGGCACCAAAUUUUUUGCAAGAGACUUAGGAUUCCGACAUGCUUGUGGCCUCAAGAAUUUUGCAGGGAAUAUGGGCUGCAGCUCCCUGGUCCUGCUAUUUCUCUUCUUCAUGUUCCUUGCUGCGUUCCUGGUGACUAUCCUUGUCCAAGUCUUUAAGUUCCACAGCUCCCUGGAGCAGGAGCAGUCCAGGCAGGAGGAAAUCUACCAGGAAGUGACCCAGCUAAAGGCAGAAGUGGAUCGCCUGUGCCGCCCCUGUCCCUGGGAUUGGGCAUUCUUCCAAGGAAACUGUUACUUCUUCUCCAAAAUCCAACGGAACUGGCAUGAUUCCAUGACUGCCUGCCAGGAGGUGGGGGCUCAGCUAGUUGUGAUCAAAAGCACCGAGGAACAGGACUUCCUACAGCUACAGACCUCUGAGAGUAAGCACUUCUCCUGGAUGGGACUGUCAGACCUGACACAUGAAGGCACAUGGCAGUGGGUGGACGGUUCACCUCUGCAAUCCAGCUUCAUGAAUUAUUGGGACAAGGGAGAACCAAACAACAUCAGGGAGGAAGACUGUGUGGAAUUUGGCAGCCAGGGCUGGAACGACCUAGGAUGCCACCAUCUCAGAUUUUGGAACUGCAAAAAGUCAGCAACCUCCUGCCAGAGGGAGGAAGUGCAGUUUCCCUUCUAGGUCCCUGCUGCCCCAACCCUUGCUCCUGAAUAACAAAAUUUUACCCACUUUUAAGGAAAGUUUCCUUUUCCAGGUCUUUGGUCCUUAAUAAAAUCCCUGGAACUAG